AUGAUGCAGCAAACAUGGAUCACACGCUGCGCUGCCAAUGCCUUGUCAGCAGUGCAGGGGAUGGAACGUCGUUUGCGUCUGCGCGACAUGACGCUACGCGUGCCCACGAAGGAUGGCACUCUGCGUCUUGUGUACGCAUCUACGUUGGGUAUCCUUCGGGAAACGCUUCGGCGGCAUCGGCUGGCAGCACGCACACAUGGUCAUCGCCCAUUUUUGGAACUCCUUGGGACGCACUUGUCAUUUACCAACAUACUGGCAGCGCUGCAAGAGGACGAGGAGCGUGUCACCUCGCGCUUCACGGCGGACGAAGCUACCAUCAUCACUGAGGCUUUGGCACUUGGGGAGUGUCGCUGCUAUGUACGUGGUGAGAACAACAAGAGUGUGGAGGGGCCGCCAUUCCCACUCAAGGUUGAGCGGACUCUAUACGGUCAGAGAGAGUCCUUCAGUUCUAUUACAACCGCGCGUUUAGAUAUGAUGUUUCCUGUCGAGGAGGAAGAGAAAGAAGAAGGGGGACUAAAUGACACUGAUGCGAUAUCAACGUUACGGUUUGGUCUGAAAAAUAUGCCUCGUGAGAAGUUGGAGUACUUUCGGCACAACAUAUCGUUGCAUGGUUACAAUUUUUUUCGUCAAUCUGAGGGAUCCACCUCGGCGCUUUGGUGUUCUGCGAAUCUGGACGCCCCCUCCAUUCAAGAGGCUCUUGCGUUUUGUGUGGAAUGUGCCAUCACGCAUAGCGCAGACAGUAAUUUUGUGGAGGCAGACGCCAAACUUGAGGCUGCGUUGGAGCACUCAGGACUCUCCUACGGUCUCCUUCUUCAACCGAUACUAUCAGCAGAGGCCGUGGGGCGGGAUAUUCAGAGGCUUCAGCAAGCGAUUUUAUUCGCUUCUAUUGCUACCCCUGAUGUGUUUCGCGAGCUUAAUCGCCGUGCAGUGGAGAACCGGUUUGCAUGCCAGGACAGCAUUGCGCUUUUCACUGGGGACUACGAGGGAGCAUACGCAGUGGCGACGGCCGCACGACAGUACACGCAGGACCCCGCUUUGGCGGCACCAGCGAUUGAAAAGCUACGACGUAAACUUGGGGUAAAUGACUUUCGAGUGUGGCUUGACCCCACGGCGGUGGUGCGUAACGGAGUUGAUUACUUCUGCCGCUGCUCCAAACACGAUUUCCUGCGGUCUGUGAUGAUGCUCCCGAGGGAGGAGUUGUUGCACCUCAUGCAUGAGACAAGCUUUCGCUGCACCUUCUGUGCAAAGGAGCAUCCACUACAGCCGGAGGAUUGGCAGAGGACUUUGCAAGGCCGUGAUAAAUGA